AUGGAGACCUCCACUACUCCCUCCAAUGUUGUUGAAGGCGAACAGCCGACGCAGAACUUGAAUAUGACCAUUCUCACUGGGCGACGACUGGCUGUCGCAUUCACUGCGAUGUUACUGUCUGUGCUGGUAAUGGCAUUAGACCAGACAAUCUUAGCGACGGCCCUUCCGCGCAUUGCAUCCGAUUUCGAUGCCUUUACGUUGCAAGGAUGGGUUUCAACCUCGUUCCUGCUCGCACAGGCUGUAUUCCUUCUGCCAUAUGGACAACUGCUCCGCAUAUUCUCUGCCAAGUGGAUGCUGUUCAUCUCUAUUGUCAUCUUUCAGCUUGGCUCCCUCGUCUGCGGAGUCGGGCAGAACAUGAACCAUCUAAUAGCUGGUCGCACUGUCAGUGGGCUGGGUGCAGCAGGCAUAUGGGUUGCGAUGUUCCAAGUUAUGUACCAGGUCACGAGAUUGGAAGACCGCCCACGACUAUUCGGUAUCUUCGGAGCCGUCUUCCAAAUUUCCGUUGUGCUCGGCUCGAUUAUCGGUGGUGCUUUCACGUCAAACUUGAGCUGGAGAUGGUGCUUCUUCAUCAAUCUUCCAGUUGGCUUUGUCUCGCUUGUCGGCGUAUUUUUCCUUCUUGAAUCGUCACCGCCAAUUGGCGCUGAUCCCACCAAACGCUCUUGGCCAGACCUUCUCCGCCAGGUAUCCGAGAUGGAUUUCAUUGGUGUUCUGUUGAUAUCGUCCGCGUUGACAACAUUGGUGCUGGCAUUACAAUGGGGCGGCAACCAAAAACCCUGGAACGACAAGGCCGUCAUCAUUUGUCUGGUUCUGGCGGUCCUUCUGACUGCCGCCCUAAUCGUCUGGGAAAAGCGUCUCGGUGACAAAGCGAUGAGCCCAACCGCCAUCUUCCACUCAUUGUCCAUCUACGCCAUGAUGCUCUACACUUUCCUUCUGCGUUUUUGCUUCCUGCUGUUCUCUUUCUACAUUCCCAUAUACUAUCAAGCCGCUCGUGAGCAUAGCGCUAUCAAAUCGGGGGUGGAUUUGCUGCCUUUCCUCAUUGGAGUUUCUGUCGCUAUUCUUGGCGCGGCUCAGAUCAUUUCAUGGAUGAAAUUCUAUUGGCAUCUUCUUGUCCUGUCUCCGAUAUUUGUGGCCGUCGGCUCCGGACUCAUAGUUGGCCUCGGCGUCGGCACUGGAAUGCAAACCGCUUUGCUUGCUCUGCAAUUUGAGUUCAACUCGCCCAAAACUAUACAAUUGAUCGGGCAAGCUACUUCCCUCGCUACGCUCUUCCAGUUGCUGGGAGGCACAAUCGGUCUGGCUGUCGCUACGCCUGUCUUAUCGUCCACACUUUCGACCAACAUCAACACGAACGCGCCGGCGGCACCCGCAGACAUUGUUUCCAUUAUCCGUGACUCUCCGACGUCCAUUUACACCGACCAAAGAGUGCCUAGUGCACUCAUUCCUGGAAUAGUUAGGGCAUACACUGGGAGCUUGAAGGUCGUAUUCGUGUUAGGCGUGCCUGUUGCUGGCCUUGCCUUACUAUCUGCGAUGUUCAUGCACCGAAUCCGCAUUGGCGAGCAGGGCCCGUUGGAGGAGACUGAUAUCCAAGCGAAAGACGAGGAAGUUGGUGUUGAAGAAGAUAAACCUGGUGGUUGA